GGAGAUUAGCCUAUAAAGGAGAACCGAUUCAUUGCUUUGUAACUUCUCUUUCUCCUCUCGUGGCAACGAAAGCAAAGGGAAAGGAACAAAUCUUUUCAUUGUGCGUCUUCGGUUCGGGUCGUGGUGGUGAAUCUGCUUCUUCUUCUUCCAUAUCUUCCUAGCCCACUUGUUCCUCCACACCAUCAAUCAAUAAUUCAUUUUGCAGAUUCAUAAGCCACUCCUUGAAUUGAAUUCCAACCCUAAUUUCCCUAACUGUUGCUUACCAUGGCAUCCAAGAGAAUCUUGAAGGAACUUAAGGACCUGCAAAAGGAUCCACCAACAUCAUGCAGUGCAGGUCCUGUGGCUGAAGACAUGUUCCACUGGCAAGCAACAAUAAUGGGACCUCCUGAUAGCCCGUAUGCAGGAGGCGUGUUCCUAGUGACGAUACAUUUCCCUCCAGAUUAUCCUUUCAAGCCACCUAAGGUUGCAUUUAGGACGAAAGUCUUUCACCCGAAUAUCAACAGCAAUGGAAGUAUCUGCCUAGACAUCCUUAAAGAACAAUGGAGUCCUGCUCUUACCAUCUCUAAGGUACUGCUUUCAAUCUGCUCCCUGCUGACAGACCCAAACCCUGAUGAUCCCCUUGUGCCUGAGAUUGCACACAUGUACAAAUCAGACAGGAGCAAGUACGAGACAACUGCUCGUAGCUGGACGCAGAAGUACGCAAUGGGUUGAUGAGUGAUAUUAAAUAAGAUUUGGAAAGAGUUAGAUAAUCUACACUAUUUUAAAUUUGGCUGUGUUUGUGGCUCUUAUACGGCUAAAUAUUAGUCGUGAUGUGCUUGUUAAUGUUACUCUUCCCUUAUUAAUCCUCAGCAAUAACUAAAUGAAAUUUCCUUCAUUCUGUUCCUCUA